AGAGGCUUUGAUGAGUGCAUGAAGGAAUUAGGAGUAGGGAUGGCUCUGCGGAAAAUGGGUGCCAUGGCCAAACUAGACUGUGUCAUCACCUCUGACGGCAAACACCUCACCAUAAAAACUGAGAGCACGUUGAAAACAAUGCAGUUUUCAUGUAACCUGGGAGAGAAGUUUGAAGAAGCUACAGCUGAUGGCAGAAAAACUCAGACUGUGUGCAAUUUUCUCAACGGCGCAUCGGUGCACCAUCAGAAAUGGCAUGGCAAGGAAAGCACAAUAACAAGAAGAGUGGAAAAUGGGAAACUAAUGGUGGAAUGCAUCAUGAACAAUUUCAACUGUACUCGGGUCUAUGAAAAAGUAGAGUAA